GAUGGGAGGAGCAGUUUCAUUGGCCACCAGCUUGGCGGAGUCCUGGAAGUCCCCAACAGCAAGGACCAGCGGGUGAAGUCGGCCCGAGCCAUCCAGAUCACGUACUACCUCCAGACCUACCAUUCGGCAGCCCAGGACCUCAUAGGCGAAAAAUGGGAGAACGAAUUUUGCAACUUGAUGCACAAGCUGCAGCUCAGGUACGAGGACCUGCAGCUGUACGCGCUGGCCUCUUUUAGCCUGUGGAGGGACUUCCACAAGACCAGCUUCCUGGCCAGGGGCAAGAUCUUGGUCAGCCUCAUGCUGAUUCUGUUGACCGCCAUCCUCUCCAGUUCCAUGAAGGACUGCCUCCGCAGCAAGCCCUUCCUGGGUCUCCUGGGCGUGCUCACCGUCUGCAUCUCCAGCGUCACCGCGGCAGGGAUCUUUUUCAUCACCGACGGGAAAUACAACUCGACGCUCCUGGGAAUCCCUUUCUUCGCAAUGGGUCAUGGAACAAAAGGAGUGUUUGAACUUCUGUCAGGAUGGCGCCGCACCAGAGAGAGCUUGCCCUUCAAAGACAGAGUUGCCGACGCCUACUCUGACGUCAUGGUUUCCUACACUAUGACAAGCUCUCUGUACUUCAUCGCCUUCGGCAUGGGCGCCAGUCCUUUCACCAACAUCGAGGACAUCUUCUCCUUCUUCGGCUCGUGCCUGGUCUUUGCCGGGCAGUUGGAGCAGAACCGGUACCACAGCAUCUUCUGCUGUAAGAUCCCCUCGGCGGAAUAUCUGGAGAGGAAGCCCGUUUGGUUCCAGACCAUGAUGAGCGACGGCCACCAGCACACUUCUCAUCAGGAGACCGACCCUUACCAGAACCAUUUCAUCCAACACUUCCUGCGGGAGCACUACAACGAGUGGAUUACUAACAUCUACGUCAAGCCAUUUGUGGUGAUCCUGUAUCUCAUCUACGCCUCUUUCUCGUUCAUGGGCUGCUUGCAGAUCAGCGACGGGGCCAACAUUAUCAACCUCCUCUCCAGCGAUUCGCCAAGUGUCUCCUACGCAGUCAUCCAGCAGAAGUACUUCAGCAACUACAGCCCGGUGAUUGGCUUCUACAUCUACGAGCCCCUGGAAUACUGGAACGGCACGGUGCAAGAAGACUUAAAGAAACUCAGCGAAGGUUUCAACACGUUGUCCUGGCUUCAGCAAUAUUACCAGUAUCUGAGAGCCGGGAACGUCAGCGCCACCAACAAGAGCGACUUCCUCAGCAUCCUCCAGAACUCCUUCUUGAGGAAGCCGGAAUUCCAGCACUUCAAAAACGACAUCAUCUUCUCCAAGGCCGGCGACGAGAGCAACAUCAUUGCGUCCCGCAUGUACCUCGUGGCUAGGACGAGUGAAAAAACCCAGAGGGACGUGAUAGAGUUGUUGGAGAGGCUGAGGCCCCUGUCUCUGAAGCAGAGCAUCAAGUUCAUUGUGUUCAACCCAACCUUCGUCUUCAUGGACCAGUAUAGUCUGUCAGUGACGAUGCCCGUCUUGAUUUCAGGUUUCGGCAUCUUGCUGGUGCUGCUGCUGACUUUCUUCCUGGUCAUCCAUCCUCUGGGGAACUUCUGGUUGAUUCUCACGGUCACCUCCAUAGAGCUGGGUGUCCUGGGCCUGAUGACUUUAUGGAACGUCGACAUGGAUUGCGUUUCUAUCUUGUGCCUUAUUUACACUCUCAAUUUCUCCAUAGAUCACUGUGCGCCCCUGCUUUACACAUUCGUACUGGCGACGGAGCACACCCGGACCCAGUGCAUCAAAAACGCACUGCAGGAACACGGGACGGCCAUUUUGCAGAACGUGACUUCUUUUCUUAUCGGGUUGGUCCCCCUCCUUUUCGUGCCUUCGAACUUGACCUUCACACUGUUCAAAUGCUUGCUGCUCACCGGCAGUUGCACACUCCUGCACUGUUUUGUUAUUUUGCCCGUCUUUCUAACAUUUUUCCCACCUUCCAAAAAGCACCACAAGAAAAAAAAACGGGCCAAACGGAAGGAGCGGGAAGAGAUUGAGUGCAUAGAAAUCCAAGAGAACCCCGAUCAUGUGACCGCGGUCUGA